AUGAGCUUUGUCACUGUGGGGGGAGUGAAGGUGUUUGGCGCUGGGACCAAACUGAUUGUGUCUGAACAAAAUGAAGACCCUCACCGAGUUACCGGGGUCGAACGGCUCGAACCGCCGCCGGUGUCUCUUCAUAUUAGAGUCGUUCUUGUCACGUGCUUUGUCACUGUGGGAGCUGGGAAGGUGUUUGGCGCUGGGACCAAACUGGUUGUGUCUGACACUCCAGCUGAGCGGCCGCAGGUCAGCGUCUUCCGUGCCAGUAACGAUCGGGUGGCAUGUGUCGCUUACGGUUUUUUCCCAGAUGUCAUUAAGUUUGAGUGGAAGAAAAAAGUAAGAGACACAACUGAGGCGCUGAAUACCAACGAGAAGGACGAGCAGCUGGACCUGCCCAUCACCAAGAUCGAAGAUGGCAGCGACAAAUACUCGGCCACCAGCCUGCUCAUCUACAAAGGGGGAAACCCGAGCUACAAGUUUGUGUGUGUGGUGAAUCACGAAGGCUUCACAAAGCCAGAAGAGUUCACAGAAGUCAUUCCAGAAAGCCCGGCGUCAUCCAGUGGACACGUCAAACACGUCACUGAGGCGGGCGAUUUGGAGACGGACGACUGCAGGGCCCAGUAUGCUGAAGGUCUCGAUUUCCAGCCCUUCAACGUGGCCACCUUGUCCUACACGUUGUUCAUCCUGAAGAGCGUCGUGUACUGCGCUGUGGUGGUCUUUCUGACAUAUCAGAGCAAAUCUGUGUGAACACAAAGGUCACGGAGAGAACUGGGAAGAAGAAGAAGAGUAGGAGGAGGAAGAGCAAACGUCUGCCACGCGUCUUCGUCAGUCUCGGUGGGUUUAAAACUCGUCACCGGGACGUCAGCGGCUUUCACUGUCACGUCAGUCAUAAUAACAUGAAAAUCCAGCAAUCGUGAAAUCCAAAGGAACCAAAUAGCGCAAAAUGUCUGCUCUGUGACGCUUUGGGGCUACACGCGGGGCGGGGGUCUCCUUGUCACCUGGCACAGGUCACCCACCGCUCCAGGGGCACUGCCUGGCUUUGAGUUGCUGUAACUUUUUGAAGCUGUCAUUUUGUGUUGAAUUUAUCGUUAAAUAAAAAAACUUUAA